CCCGGAGAGCUACAUCGAGAAACAGCGCUACGAUGGCUGGUACAACAACCUAGCGCACCCUUCUUGGGGCUCCGUUGAGUCUCGUCUGACGCGGAAGACGCCGGCCAGCUACGCAGACGGCGUGUACAUGCUGGCGGGGCAGGACCGGCCGUCGCCCCGCACGCUGUCGCAGGCGCUGCUCAACGGGCGCGACGGCAUGGCCUCCGAACGCAAUCGCACCGCCAUGCUCGCCUUCUUCGGCCAAGUAGUGUCCUCGGAGAUCCUGCAGGCGUCGGAGGCUGGCUGCCCCAUCGAGAUGCACGAGAUCAGCAUCGAGGCGUGCGACGAGAUGUUCGACAAGGGCUGCACCGGCGCCAAGUCCAUGCCAUUCCACCGCGCCGGCUACGACUACGCCACCGGACAGAGCCCCAACAGCCCGCGCGAGCAGCUGAACUACGUGACGUCAUGGCUGGACGGCAACUUCGUGUACAGCACCAGCGAGGCGCGGCUCAACAUGCUGCGCUCCUUCAGCAACGGCACCUUCAGGACGGACCCCGACGACGCCAGCCUCCCCCCGAGGAACGUCGAGAGGAUCCCCAUGGAGAACAACCCGACGCCGCACGUGCUCAAGAUCCUUAGCCCCGAGAGGAUGUUCCUGCUCGGCGACCAGAGGACCAACCAGAACCCGGCUCUCCUGGCCUUCGGCAUCUUGUUCUUCCGCUGGCACAACGAGCAGGCGCGCAGGAUCCAGGAGGAGCAUCCCGACUGGCAGGACGAGGAGGUGUUCCAGAAGGCGCGAAGGAUCGUGGUCGCGCAUCUGCAGAACAUCAUCAUGUACGAGUUCGUCCCCGCCUUCAUCGACGAGGAGAUCCCGCCCUACGAUCGCUACCGCCCCGACGUCCAUCCGGGCAUCUCGCAUGUGUUCCAGAGCGCCGCCUUCAGGUUCGGCCACACGCUGGUUCCCCCGGGGCUGUACCGACGCGACGCCGGAACUGACUGCAAGUUCGUCGGAUCCCAGACCGGCUACUCCGCCCUCCGUCUCUGCUCUACGUGGUGGGAUGCUGACGACGUGAUGGCCAACAGCACGGUGGAGCAGCUCCUCCGCGGCCUGGCCUCGCAGCUGGCCGAGAAGGAGGACCACGUGCUCUGCUCCGACGUCCGCAACAAGCUCUUCGGGCCGCUCGAGUUCUCCAGGAGGGACCUGGGGGCGCUGAACAUCAUGCGCGGGCGCGACAACGGGCUGCCCGACUACAACACGGUGCGCAAGUGCUUCCACCUGGACGUGGUCGAGCGCUGGGAGGACAUCAACCCCGACCUCUACGCCGACCACCCCGACCUCCUCGAGAGCCUCCGCUUACUCUACAAGGGCGACCUCAUGAACGUCGACCUGUACGUCGGCGGGAUGCUGGAGUCGAAGGACGGACCCGGGGAGCUCUUCAAGGCUAUUAUCAAGGAGCAGUUCCUCAGACUCAGGGACGCCGACAGGUUCUGGUUCGAGAACGAGGAGAAUGGCCUUUUCGACGCCGACGAGAUCGCCGCCAUCCGCGAAGUGCGCCUGUGGGACAUCAUCGUGAACGCGUCGGGCGUGGCUCCCGAGGAGGUCCAGCAGAAUGUGUUCUUCCACCUGGCCGACGACCCGUGUCCUCAGCCGGCACAGCUCAACACCAGCGAGAUGGAGCCGUGUAUCUACAUGCAGGGAUAUGAUUAUUUCCAGGGCUCUGAAGUGACGUACAUCUACUCGUGCAUCCUCCUGGCCGCCGUGCCGCUCAUCUGCGCCGGCGCCGGCUACGCGACCGUCAAGUUCCAGAACUCCCGCAGGAGGCACUUCCGCACGCUGCAGGAGGAGAACAACAACGGCCGCAGCGUCGACAAGAUGAUGGUCAAGGAGUGGCUGCACCAGAACCACAAGCGCAUCGUGAAGGUGAAGUUCGGUCCGAACCAGGAGAUCUGCACCGUGAACCGCAAGGGCGAGAAGCUGCGGCGCGUGAACGUGGCUCACGUGGACACGCUGGUGGUGGAGAUCACGCAGGACCAGCGGCGGAAGCCCAUGGUGCUGCUGCGGCCGCCGCUCGACCACGACCUCGUCCUGGAGUUCGACACAGAGGCGGCGCGCAACAAGUUCCUGAACAAGCUCGAGCAGUUCCUGAUGAGCCUGAAGAAGGCCCUGGACAGGGUGCAGACCAACAAGGAGCAGAUGCUGGCCAACGCCGAGACGAAGGAGCGUCGCACGAAGCGCCUCGAGCACUUCUUCCGCGAGGCCUACGAGCUCACCUUCGGCCUCAAGCCCGGCGAGAAGCGCAAGCUCGAAGACGCCGCCAGCGACGUCGUUAUGGUGAUGCGGACGUCGCUGUCCAAGAAGGAGUUCGCCGGCGCGCUCGGCAUGAAGCCCGACGACAUCUUCGUGCGCCGCAUGUUCAACAUCGUCGACAAGGAUGGCGACGGGCGCAUCUCCUUCCAGGAGUUCCUGGACACCGUCGUGCUCUUUAGCAAGGGCUCGACCGACGACAAGCUGCGCAUCAUCUUCGACAUGUGUGACAACGACCGAAACGGCGUCAUCGACAAGACUGAGCUCUCCGAGAUGCUGCGCUCGCUGGUGGAGAUCGCCAAGACGAACACGGUCAGCGACGAGGAGGUCGAGGAGCUGAUCAACGGCAUGUUCAGCUCGUCGGGCAUCAACCACAAGGAGUCGCUCACCUACGACGACUUCAAGCUAAUGAUGCGCGAGUACAAGGGAGACUUCAUCGCCAUCGGCCUCGACUGCAAGGGCGCCAAGCAGAACUUCCUCGACACGUCCACCAACGUCGCCAGGAUGGCAAGUUUCCACAUCUCCGAGGUCAUGAACAGGAACCAGCACUGGAUGAUGAAGAAGUACAACUCGCUGGCCACAUUCCUGGAAGAGAACAGGCAGAACGUUUUCUAUCUGUUCGUUUUCUACGUGAUCACCAUUGCUCUCUUCUGCGAGCGGUUCAUACACUACUCCUUCAUGGCGGAGCACACUGACCUGCGGCACAUCAUGGGCGUGGGCAUCGCCAUCACGAGGGGCGCCGCCGCUUCGCUGUCCUUCUGCUACUCCCUGCUUCUGCUCACCAUGUCCAGGAACCUCAUCACCAAGCUCAAGGACUUCAGUUUCCAGCAGUACAUUCCCCUCGACUCGCACAUCCAGUUCCACAAGAUCGUUGCGUGCACGGCUCUGUUCUUCAGUAUUCUUCACAGCUGCGGCCACUUGGUCAACUUCUACCACGUGUCGACGCAGCCGGUGGAGAACCUCAGGUGUCUAACGCAGGAAAUCUCCUUCGCCUCCGACCAGAAGCCGACCGUGGGCUACUGGCUCUUCCAGACCAUCACAGGUCUGACUGGCGUGUCGCUGUUCAUUAUCAUGUGCAUCAUCUUCAUCUUCGCGCACCCGAUCAUACGAAGGAAAGCGUACAAGUUCUUCUGGGCUGCACAUCAGCUGUACAUCCUGCUGUACAUCCUCAGUCUGCUGCACGGACUGGCUCGUCUCACAGGAGCACCCAGGUUCUGGAUCUUCUUCGUCGGCCCGGGCAUCAUCUACACCCUGGACAAGAUCAUCAGCCUUCGAACGCGUUAUAUGGAGUUGGACAUCAUUGAGACGGAGUUGCUGCCCUCGGAUGUGGUCAAGGUCAAGUUCUACAGACCUCCCAACUUCAAGUACCUGAGCGGCCAGUGGGUUCGCCUCAACUGCACCGCUUUCAGGCAGUCAGAAUACCAUUCGUUCACCCUGACCUCAGCGCCCCACGAGAACUUCCUGUCGUGCCACAUCAAAGCCCAAGGACCGUGGACGUGGAAGCUCAGGAAGUUCUUCGACCCGCACAAUUAUGUUCACGAUGAGGAGAACCCGCCCAAGGUUACCUAAGGACCUCCUAACUGAGUCCUUCCUCGCCUCGCCCACAAGUUCGAGGUCGCGGUGAUGGUCGGCGGAGGCAUCGGCGUCACGCCCUACGCCUCCAUCCUCAACGAUCUCGUCUUCGGAACGUCGACCAACCGCUACUCGGGGGUUUCGUGCAAGAAGGUCUAUUUCCUAUGGAUUUGCCCGACGCAUCGCCAGUUUGAAUGGUUCAUUGAUGUGCUACGUGACGUUGAGCGUAAAGAUGUCACCAACGUCUUAGAAAUGCACAUUUUCAUCACGCAGUUCUUCCAUAAGUUUGAUUUGAGAACGACUAUGCUGUAUAUUUGCGAGAACCACUUCCAGCGACUGAGCAAACGUAGCAUGUUCACCGGACUGAAAGCCAUCAAUCACUUCGGCCGGCCUGAUAUGACGUCCUUCCUGAAAUUUGUGCAAAAGACGCAUAACUAUGUCUCUAAAAUCGGCGUGUUCAGCUGCGGCCCGAACCCCCUCACCAAGAGCGUGAGCACGGCCUGCGAGAACGUGAACCGGGGCCGACGUCUGCCAUACUUUAUUCAUCACUUCGAAAACUUCGGCUAAACGUGUACAUAAGAGGUCUAUUUUGAUAUAUCUUGUCGUGUUAGAAAAAAAUAAAUAAAUUGAGGAAAAAGAGAAAUGGAAGGUUUGGGGACCAAAAAAAGAAAAAAAAGAAAAGGCAAAUCUUCGAAGCUUGUUUUCUAUACCGUGACACUUGUGCAUUCUUCUUCUUCUUCUUCAUUUAGCUGCCUCUUCUCUGUCUCCCUCUCCCUCUCCCUCUCCCUCUCCCUCUCCCUCUUGCUCUCCCUUCCUCUCCCCCUCCCUCUCCCUCUCCCUCUCCCUCUCCCUCUCCCUCUCCCUCUCCCUCUCCCUCUCCCUCUUGCUCUCCCUUCCUCUCCCCCUUUCUUUGCCUUCCUUUGCUAUCUAGUGCCUUCUGUCUUGCUUUGUUUCUCUUGCCUUAUAACACUUUCUGUUGCUAUAGAAAUUCAUUUUAUAAUUUCAUCCAUUUCCCUAUUGCCUCUUGGCUUAACACGUGCUAUCUUGUCAUAUGAACGUAAAAUAAUGGUAUACUUAUCAAAUGUAUAGUGUUUAUGUUAUGAGCAUUAUGGUUUGGUAUGAUUAUGAUUAAUAUGAAUUUGUUGUUAUUAUUUUUAUUAUUAUUAUUAUUAUCAUCAUUAUUAUUAUUAUUAUUAUUAUUAUUAUUAUUAUUAUUAUUAUUAUUAUUAUUAUUAUUAUUAUUAUUAUUAUUAUUAUUAUUAUUAUUGUUAUUAUUGUUAUUAUUAUUAUUAUUAUUAUUAUUAUAAUUAUUGUUAUUAUUAUGAUCAGUAUCAUCACCAUCAAUAUUUUUAUUUUUAUUUCAGUUAUUAUUGAUUUUGAAUACGGUACUGUUGUCAUCACCAGUACCAUGGUCACGAUUAUUAUUAAGAUCGAUGGCUCUUUUAUAUUAUUAUGAUCAUCCUAUGUGAUAGCAUGAAGAUUUUCCAUAUCGAGGUGCGAACGACAAUCUCUCUAGAUGCGAGUUAUAUAACGACGCCAUGAUGAUUGCUUUAUAUGGUAUGGAAAUAGCAUACUCUUCCCCCACGCAAAAAAGAUAUCACAGUAAAAAAGAACACAACAGUAUUCAACAUAUAACCUCUAGCACAAGAAUGCGGUGGGUAAAGGGGAAACUUUUGUCUUUUUUAAUCAUUGACAAUAUAUCCUAUGUUGAGCAGUGAGCAGUUUUUACGAACAGAUUAUUUAAUGGGAUAACUCGGUGCGUUUCGUAUGUACAUUUGCGUAGCGAUGUUACCAUGUGUCUAGUAUGAAAGUAGUCAUGAUCGCUCACAUUCAACACGUUAUAAUGUGAUAAUUAUAGGAGUAACUAUUAUAUCCUGCUGUAGAUGAUGUCUGUCUUUAGUUCAGCUUCUCAUCUUGUAUGUGUGUAUGAGGUUUUAUUAUGCUUGUAAGAAAUGAUAUGAAUGUUAAGUUAUGUAAAGAAAGUAUCUUGUGUAAAGUGCUUGUGGUUGUGCAAUAUUAUUUUAUUUGUAGUAAUAUUUUACGAAGAAAAUCUCUCUAGUGUAAUAUCUACUAACCCAUGCAAUAUUUUUAUAAUAGUUCUUGGUUGUUAAAAAUAUAUUAAUAACUCUUCUGUCUAUGAUGAAUCAGAAUAAUUUUGAGGUAUUAUUUUUUCAUUCUUGUAAAGUUUUACAUUUUUUACAUAUUGUAUCUUCUUUGGUAAGUUUUAGGGAACUUGAUUAAUAAAAUACAUGGA